GGAUAUUUCAGCAGAAGCUGUGUGCUCGAUAUGAACUUGAAAUGUCGCUACUUCGUCUAACAAAUUACUUUUCGCCAGUUGCUGUCUGAAUUUUUCAGAACACUACCCGACGGGGCACUUGCAUGUCUGCCCUGUCGCAGUUGCUCUCCGGCGGUGCCCGGAGGGUGGCGUGGGGCGCAUGCAGCCCCGGGCGGUCGCUGCUGGACCAGGUCUCCAUUGGGUGGCCACGCAUUCAGACCGCGGGGAAGAAAAUCAACCUGGAUCUACCGGUCCUAAACGAAGACGAGCUGGAGGAGCAGUUUGUCAGAGGCUCGGGGCCAGGUGGACAGGCGACAAACAAAACCAGCAACUGCGUGGUGCUGAAGCACGUGCCAUCCGGCAUUGUUGUGAAGUGUCACCAAACCAGGUCCGUCGACACGAACCGGAAGCGGGCGCGGGACAUUCUGCGGAAGAAGCUGGACGUUUUCAUCAAGGGGGAGGAAAGCGAAAUCGUGAAGGUAAAGAAAGAGGCGGAGUGGAGAAAGCAGGAGAAGAGGAGGAAGGCAAACGAGAAUCUGGAAAAGAAAAAACUAUUUAAGGAGACCCUCAUGGCUGAACGAGGAGAGACGUGAGGAUGAACUGAGAAACGGACCCGUUUUGUUUUCUGGCACACAACAUGAACGUUAAUGACACGGAGACGAAAACUCCAGUCUACACACAAGUUUUUUGUUUUUUUUCCAAUUGACAUCAAGUGAAACCGUUUACCCUUUUUAAUAAAAGACGAAAGGUUUAAUGAAAAUACGCUUUAUUACACUGAGUAAUAAAUACAUACAAAGAUGCAAAUAA